AUGGCCGUCAUGAACGCCUCACAUCUUGAUCCCCUUUCGACUUUCGUACCGUCGGAACUCUUUCUUGUAGAUCCGGGGGAGUUUGGCAAUCUCGAUUUGCUGGACGAAUUCCACCAGUUCGGCAGUAUGGAUGUCCCAAACAUGUUCCCUGGUGGCAUCGAUGGCUCUGUUGACAGUAAUGGAUUGAAUUUGAUCGAUGAUGUCGAAGCCUCGCCCAUCGAGCAACCAAAAACGUCCACAUCCACAGAUUCGGAGCAAUCGGCAGUGUCCAGCACGAAGAUGCGGCGCCGAGCGCAAAACCGCGCCUCUCAGCGUGCUUUUCGCGAACGCAAAGAGAAGCACCUCAAAAGUCUGAAGUCGACUUUGGAAAAUCUCGGCGAAAAGCAUCAGCGGCUGCUCGACUCAUACUCGCAGCAGGCGCAGAUAGUGACGAAGCUGGAAGGACGCAUCGCAUACCUCCACGCACAAAUUGCAGCCUUCUCGACUUACUCUGAACAAGACAUGCCCCCAAUUUUCCGGGUUCCAAAGCCCCCUAGCACGGAGUUCGACCAGUUCGAUGCUUUUUCUCUCACCACACUGCCUGUCUCUGCCGGCCGCCACAGCGUCUUUCGCCAGAGCCGAAUGUCGGAUAGCACGCAACUCGACAGAUUGCCUACAUUGGAGUCCAUUGAUCUCCCAGAGUUUGAAGACCUGCUGAACCUACCUUGA